UGGUGGAAGACGAAAGUUGUAGAACUAUUUUGUUUUUGUUUGCAUGAUUCACAGACAAUUACUUGCCGUUAACAGCUGUAUAUUGAUAUUUUGAAAGAGGCAGACAUCAGGUUAAUUACUCAAAGCAAACGAUGCCUCUUUCAAUUGCCAUUUUCUGUGUAAACGUCUAUUUUUAGAUGGUGUAUAAGAAAUGUGUAUGGUCUGGCACAGCACUUUAAGUGAUGGAGUGUGAAGAAGACCACGAUGGAGAGUCCAAUGCUGUAUCCUCCCUGACCGGCUUCCUGUUUGGAAACAUCGACAAGAAAGGAGAGUUGGAGGAAGAUUUUCUAGAUGAGGAAUCUAAAAGACACAUAGGUUCCCUGUCGACACUUGGUGGAAUGGGGUCGAUGGUCAAGGAACUGACAGAAGACAUUGAUGAAGAUGCUAAAGACUCAAAUGUGAAGGACGAGGAAACUGGAAACUAUGAACAGAAAUCUCCAACAGCGAUUGACUUCUCUGACAUCAACGAGACCUUACAGGAAGAUGUGUCAGACGUGAGGGUUCGAGAAGAGAUGGGGAAGCUGCACAUGUUUCCAUCAGUGGAUGACAAAGAUGACUAUGAUGCUGAUGAAGAUGAGAGUGACAGGAAGCUGAUGCCUCCUCCAUCAUGGCUGCCAUGCACUACGUCAGCGGCCGCAUCAACAGAAUUGGCAAAACUGAGUGACGGCAUCAGUCAGUCUUCCGAGGAGAUAUCAGACACACACGGCCAGACGCCCUCGUCUGUGAAAACACCAUUGGCUGACAUGUUACCACCACAACUAGCAGACGUCAGUGUUACACAGUUAUUUCCUGAGUUCAGACCAGGCAAGGUUCUGCGUUUCUCACGACUGUUUAAGCCGGUGCACAUGCCUCACGUGUGGAAACGUAAACGGAAGAAGAAGGAUGACGAUGACGAGGGGGAUAAUAAAGACAGCGGAGUGGAAGAUGGUGUGUCCGGGGAGGAGGAGGAAUUUACUCUUAAACUCAACAUGGGUCGCGAGCCUCGGCCAGACGAAUUAGCAGCAGAUGAUGAGAUGAAACUGAUGAAGCCAGUGGAGUCUUCAUUAGUUGGAGGCCACCAUAAUAGUAAUGGAGACGCCAAUGAGAAAGUGAAGGUUGCUCCCUGGCGCUACGGCCCAGCUCAGUACUGGUAUGACCGGAUGGGUGUCGAUGAAACAGGAGAAAACUUUGACUACGGCUUCAAACUCAAAGAGAAGAAAGAAGAUGAAAAAGAAAAGGAAUCUGAGGACAGUGCUUUAGAAUUCCCAGAUGAAGCUUUUCUCAUGGUGAGCCAGAUAACGUGGGAGGACGACAUUAUCUGGAAUGGGGAAGAAGUGAGACAGAAGAUACUGCAGGCUCACAAAAGCAAGGCGGCGGUCGCAGGCUGGGUUCCCAGCACCAGCAACAGAACAGCCACUCAGUUCAUGAAUCAAGGCAGACCGUGGUCACAUAAUCUAAUUCAUAAGAAUAUUCCGGCCACUAUCACUCAGUCGAUGGCUGCAGCCAGUGGAGAUAUGUCUGAUUCUGGUAGCACCAACAAAUGGUACUCCAUUUUCCCCAUCGAGAACGAGAGUUUGAUAUACGGCAGAUGGGAAGAUGACAUCAUUUGGGAUGCUCAGAAUAUGGAUCGUAUUCCUAGUCCACCAGUGUUGACCCUUGACCCAAAUGACGAGAACAUCAUUUUGGAGAUUCCAGCGGAUCGAGAGAAGAAGGAAGAAUCGGAACCAGCGAAGAAAGAAAAAUCAGAGACGAAGAAGUCUAAGAUGGUGUUGAGCAAAGCGGGGAUAAUCAAAGAUGAUGAUGAUGAGAAGGAUGAGGAAUGUGAUACAAUCCAACAGAAGGAUCCGUUCAACCUGUCAAAUGAUGAAUACUACAACCCAAAACUGCUGGACAACACUCUCCGAUCCACGAUAGGCAGCGGUCUUAUACAGCAUUCCACACCGGCCGUAGAGUUACGACAGCCAUUCUUCCCGACGUACAUGGGUCCCAACAAGUUGCGAUGUUUCCACCGCGCUUCUCUCAAGAGAUACUCACACGGGGCGAUGGCGUCACCCAGCUUCUACCCGGUUCUCCCACUGCUGAAAACCAUCAAGCGGAAAGCAAAGAUGCGUGAGCAGGAGAGACAGGCGUUUGGUGGAGGGGAGAUGUUCUUCAUGAGGAUGAACCAAGACCUCAGUGGAAUGGAUGGAGAUCUCAUUCUGGCGGAAUACUCUGAGGAGUUCCCUCCGUUGAUAAUGCAAGUUGGAAUGGCAACAAAGAUCAAGAAUUACUAUAAGAGGAAACCUGGCAAAGAUUCGAACCCGCCACAGUAUGAGUACGGUGAACUGGCGUACGCCCACACUUCGCCCUUCCUGGGUGCCCUGCGACCGGGCUGCUGUCAGCAGGCCUUUGAGAACAAUAUGUUCCGCUCCCCGAUAUUCCAACACAGAGUGCCCGACACAGACUUCCUCAUCAUCCGCACUCGACAGCAUCUCUAUAUUCGAGAAGUGAAGGACAUUUUUUGUAUUGGACAACUGUGUCCUCUAACUGAAGUGCCAGGUCCUAAUUCAAAGAGGGCCAACAACUUCGUGAGAGAUUUUCUUCAGGUUUUCAUUUAUCGUUUGUUUUGGAAGAGCCGCGAUGUUCCUCGCAGAAUCAAAAUGGAGGACAUUAAGAAAGCCUUCCCCUCCCAUUCUGAGAGUAGUAUCAGAAAGAGGCUCAAGUUGUGUGCCGACUUCAAGAGAACAGGUAUGGACUCCAACUGGUGGGUGUUAAAGCCUGACUUCCGGCUGCCGACAGAAGAAGAGAUCCGAGCGAUGGUUUCUCCCGAGGAAUGCUGUGCGUUUUAUUCCAUGAUUGCUGCUGAGCAGAGACUGAAGGAUGCUGGUUAUGGGGAGAAAUCAUUGUUUGCUCCAGAAGAUGACAAUGAGGAAGAAACUCAGAUGAAAAUUGAUGAUGAGGUGCGAACCGCCCCGUGGAACACGACGCGCGCGUACAUCUCGGCGAUGAAGGGCAAGUGUCUGCUGCAGCUGACGGGGGACACGGACCCAACGGGGUGCGGAGAGGGCUUCAGCUACGUGAAGGUGCCCAACAAGCCACAGUCGAAGGAGGAGACGAAGGAGACGCCUGUCAAGAGGACGGUCACUGGAACAGACGCGGAUCUUCGCAGGCUCAACCUCAAGGAUGCCAAGAAUCUACUCAAGAAGUUCGGAGUGCCCGAAUCUGAGAUCAAGAAGCUGUCACGGUGGGAGGUUAUUGAUGUGGUUCGGACAAUGUCGACACAACAAGCUAAAGCUGGCCAGGAAAGAACUAGGAUGUUCUGUCAGAAUUAUUCUGGAGUGGGGAAGUUUGCACGAGGAAAUCGUUUCUCAGUCGCCGAACACAUGGAGCGUUACAAGGAAGAAUGUCAGCGAAUAUUUGACCUUCAAAAUAGAGUUCUAGCCUCAAGUGAGGUUCUGUCUACUGAUGAAGAGUCCACGUCGGGUGAGGAUUCCGAUUUUGAGGAGAUGGGCAAGAACAUUGAGAGUAUGUUAUCCAACAAGAAAACCAGCUCUCAGCUGAGUCACGAGAAGGAGGAAGCAGAGAGACGGGAGCUGCACCGCAUGUUGAUGGGGCAGAGCAUGGAGGGCAAGGAGAAGAAAUCCCGCAGCUCGUUCGGAGGGCAGGACGAGGAAUCCUCACAAGGAAUCAAGGGUGGAAGAAAACUGAAAAUAACAAGGAAAUUCCGGAAUGAGUUUGGUAAAGAGUACACCAGAGUGGAGAUUGUUCGAAAACCUGUUGUCAUAGAAACAUAUGUCAGGAUAAGGCAAACAAAGGACCCAACCUUUAUUAAACAGUUUGCAGCGAUGGAUGACCAAAUGAAAGAAGAAAUGAGAAAAGAAAGAAGAAGAAUCCAAGAGCAGUUACGACGAAUCAAACGGAAUCAAGAAAAACCGUCAGCUCCAAUUCCAGCCAAAAAAAAAAAGCUAAAAGAAACUCUGUCCCUAAAGGAAUUAGAAUAUUUGAAAACCACUAUGCGAUGUGGUGCCUGUGGACAAAUCGGACACAUGCGAACCAACAAGGAGUGCCCCAUGUACAACAAACUGGGCUCAUCGUCAGCCCCGGUAACCGUUGCCAUGACAGAGGAGCAGGAGGAGGAGGAGGAGAAGAACCUCCCCCAUGAGGACGAACUGAUCAAUGUGGAGGGAACGAAAAUCAAACUGUCUAAGACGAUCCUCGCUCAUGCUGAGAAUAUCAAGCGAAAAUCUCUGCUACUGAAGAUUCCGAAACAAGCAAUGGAGAUGAAGAAGAAACGUCGUAUUGGGACAGUUAUUCACUGCGACUAUCUAAAGAAGCCUAAGCAGUCGUCUAACAGAAGGCGCACAGAUCCUCUGGUAACUCUGUCCAGUCUGUUUGAAAACAUCGUCAAGGAGAUGAGAGAAAUGCCAAACCACAAUACGACUCCAUUCCUGUUACCAGUCAACCCAAAGGAAGUGCCUGACUACCAUCGGAUAGUGAAGAGGCCAAUGGAUUUGCAGACUAUUCGAGAGAAUCUGCGACACAAGCAGUAUCACUCGCGCGAGUCGUUCCUGGUGGACGUGAACCAGAUUGUGGAGAACAGCAAGAUGUACAACGGGGUACGACACAUGCUCACCAUGACCGCACAGACCAUGCUCGACCACUGCAUCCGCAGAUUCGCUGAGAAAGAGCAGAAGUUGAUGCGACUGGAGAAAGCCAUUAAUCCUCUGCUAGACGACAACGACCAAGUAGCCUUCUCGUUCAUCCUUGCUCAGAUUGUUGACAAACUUAAGUCUGUAGAAAGUUCCUGGCCGUUCCACACACCAGUGAAUAAGAAGAACAUUAAAGACUACUACGAUGUUAUUAAAAAACCGAUGGACCUCACCACUCUCCUGAAGAAUGUCCAGAAUCACAAGUACCACACGCGGGAGGCGUUCCUCGAGGAUGUCCAGCUCAUACACAACAACAGCAUCGCGUACAAUGGCAAGGACAGCAGCCUGACGAAGACAUCGCUCAAGGUGUUCCAGCUGUGUGAGGAGAUGUUACAGGAGAACUCGGAGCACCUCUCACAGAUGGAGAAUGACAUUCGAGCGUCACAGGAAGCAGCUCUGGACGCGGCCGAAACAGACAGCGCAAUCACCGGUACAUCUCAUCCUGAUGAUAACAGCAUGCUAGGACUGGACAACGAGAGUUUAGACAGUUUCUCUUUGGGUCAUGAAGGUUCGACAAUAGUUGAAGAUGAGAGCAUGGUAUCGUCGAAAGGAAAAUCUGUAACAAACAGAUCAAAACCAAGACGCAAGGUGCAGCGGCAUGACGAAUCCGACUCUGAAUUCAUCGACAUUGAGGGUGACGAUGACAACGCUGUUGAUAUGAAUUUCAGUCAGAACAGUAGUGGUCAGGGUGUAAUGGACAGCUCUGCGAAUGAGAAUGAAGAUGACAUGGAACACGAGAUGCCAGCAUCGGAGAACGAAGAAGAGGAAAAUGAAGAGGAUGUGAUUGGUAAGCUGAGUGAGAGCGAGGAUGAGCAGACUGAGUCGGUGGAGGUGUCUCAGUUCUAUGACGAGUCCCACGACUACAACAACACCUUCAACGACAACUUCUACCCGGUGGGCGGCGACACUCAGGCCCCGAACAUGGACGAGUACCCGGUGGGCGGCGAUGCUCAAGCCCCGAACAUGGACGACGACGAGAACAGCUUCGACCCGACGGAGUUCUUCAUGAGCAGCUCGCUGGCCGCACAGGCAACGGAGGCACAGGCCCAGGGGUCAGACAUUAACCACGACCUGCAGGUGUCCGAGUCUGACAGUGAGGACGACGUGACGCAGACUGCCACCGAAAACCAGACCGGAGAAGGUUUUGACCUCGACGAGUAUUUCUGAGAGGAAAAAAAACGACAACGUCAUUUAUUGCUUUGUUACCUUCAUGGUGCUUAAGGCAUUUCAGUCAACGUCUGGUCUGGUGCUUAUUAGUCUAGACUCAAGAAUUCUAAUAGAGUCUGAGACACUAAUGUCAUGACAACGCCAUACAAAUUUUAUGCGUGUGACAUCAUUAGAGAUUGAGUCUGGACUCUAAAAGUGUUAUAAGCACGUGCCCUGGUCUUCAACCUGGAUGAGUAAUCCUGAAAUACAAGAAGAAAUGUUCACUAUUACCCCCAUAGUGCUAAUAUCAUUGCAGGCAAUUUGUUGUAUAAGACCAGCUUGGAUGAAUAUAUCUGGAAAAAACCAACAAAUUGUGCAUUGCCUUCCUUAUAGUAAUUAUGGCAUUUGAAUCCAGUUCUGACAUUGGGCACAAAGAAGUUGGGUUUGUCACACCCUCUGGUAUGUGGUGAUAUCAUUGUGGAGGAAGAUGAAAACGAGUCGGACUUGAUACAGUAUAUAUGGCUUUUGUUCAUGCACACUGGAAGAGGUCUGGCAUUUACAGGAGACCAUUUGACUUAAAGACAAAGAUGAAGUAUAUGUCCAUGCAGAUAAUCCUGUAUUGGACGAAAUAGGUUUAUUAGAGUAGAGUUUGACAAAAAAUUAGGCCUGUUGAUAACAACUUGCUGGUGGAAAGAGGUUUACAGCUGAAUCAGAUGAGUGGAUCGUCUCUCGUUGAAUGAUUUAAGUGCGGAAGAGACUGUAUACUGCUGCAGAAAGAUGAGGUAUAUGUUGGUGCACAUAUUCACAAACUGUAAACCAAAACAGGUUUACGAGAUAAAAAUACAUGACUUGCUGGAGGAUGUUCCAAGUGUUAACCAUAUGUGAGAUCAGUUCCUGGAAGAAAUCAAUGUGUUGUGUCAUUUGACUAUUGUUUAAUCAGGCUGAGUCAUUGUUACAUAAAGUGGAAGAAAGUCUGAGAAUCUGGGAUCAUAUCUGCAGCAUGGUAAUAGAGCAAGAUUUUGUUAAACAUCUUAACACACCCACUUCAUGACUCGGGUGAUACAUUUUGUUAAACACUUAACACCCCCACUUCAUGACUUGAGUGAUACAACUCGUUAAACAUAUUAACACACCCACUUCAUGACUUGGGUGAUACAUCUUGUUCAACAUCUUAACACACCCACUUCAUGACUCAAGUGAUACACCCACUUCAUGACUUGAGCGAUACAUCUCGUUAAACAUCUUAACACGCCCACUUCAUGACUUGAGUGAUACAUCUCGUUAAACAUCUUAACACGCCCACUUCAUGACUCGAGCGAUACAUCUUGUUAAACAUCUUAACACACCCACUUCAUGACUCGAGUGAUACAUCUUGUUAAACAUCUUAACACAAACUUCAUGACUCGAAUGAUACAUCUUAUUCAGUUACUGACACGUGGACCUACUGUCUCUCUUUAGCUCUGUCACAAUGUGAGAUAGAGUCCAUCACUUUGUGACAAGAUGUUAAGAGUCAUCUAUGGUGAUAUAACAGUAUUGUACUCGAGUUUAACGAUAAAAUGGAGUCCAUCACUUUGUGUGACAAGGUGUUAGAGUCAUCUACAAUGUUAUAACAGUAUUGUACUCAAGUGUAAAUAUGUUUUUAUCACUAGAAAGAUGAAACUCUCACUUUGUGAGGCCACGAAACUAUUUUCCUCUUGUUCACUUUGUUUAUUGAUUUGGUACAAAACUCGGACAGGACAUCAAGUUACAGUUUAUAAAUCACGAGUUGUUCAUUUGAAAUUGUAUCAUCCUUGGAACAUGUUUCUAAAGUUUAUUUAGUAUGAGACUAUGACUUGCCUGCUGGUUCGGGCUUCUCACUGAUGUUUACUGUCAAUUUACUGACUUUGUAUUGUACAUAUAUGAAGAUCUGUAGUAUUUACUAUUCCAGUGUUAACCAAUAAGUCUGUCAUCAAAGAUUAUGUUUACUUGAACUACCCCAUAAGUUCAUACUGAUAUGUUCUAAAGCUUAGGCUGUUUGUGCUGGCACAUAUUGCACUGAAAUCUUUGUCAACAGGGAGAUGAUCAAACUUACUGCAUGUCAUAACAGUUUGAAUAAGAGCUAUACGAGUGUGGUGUAAAACACUCAUCACAACUUGUCAAAUGGUUCACCUCACUACACAUUUAAUUAAAGCUUCAGGCUCCAGUGGGUUUCUGUUAUUUAAUUAUUUAGAUUAGAUCAUCCACAUUCAUUGUGUGUUAAUAUCUGGUUACAAGUUGUGACCAUGGCACCAAUCAGCGUCACAUUAAAAUGUUUAUUAUAUAGAUAGCUAUGAAAUAUAUAGAUCUACAGAAACCAUAAAAAUUACAUUCGGUGAAAAGUCAUAUUUUCACUGUAUUUUAGCUAGUGAAAAUAUAGAAAUCAUAUUUAUAUUUUUAUGAACAAAUUCAUUAUUUAAUUAUCGCCCUUGUAAAUUAUUACGUUUUAAUUAUUGAGGUCAGUGUCGAUUACCAAUGCAUGUCAUCAUAUUUGAACAUUUAAAAAAAUGUAAUUUAGACAAUUGUACAUGUACCUAUAAAAAAAAAAUUAAGUGCAAUUAUGAUAAAACUGAUGAGUACAAAGCUAAAUGAUGAUAACACAGUGUCCCAUCGUUGUAUGUAAAUAAAAGUAUAACUUCUAGUUCGAUUCAAGUUUUGUUUUUAUGGGUUUUGGACAAUCGCUUUGUCACUCAAUGUCAGGUAUGUUUGCACAGUAGUAGUAUUAAAUAAUUAUUAAUUUAAUAAUUAAAUAAAGAUAAUUUUUAUUCAUAUUUCUUAAAAAAAUUCCAUGGUCGAGUAAAUGAUCUCCAAAAGUUCCAAAGGAACUAAUAUACCAUAGCGUUAGGUGUGUUCGAUAGAACAAGAGAAAAUUUUAAAAAAGAAGAAGAUAUUGUCAAAAAGUAGAAACGUUGUAUAUAAUAAAUAAACCAUUUCAUGGUGUUUUUAUGAUUAAGAUUUUUAUGUCAAGUCGUGAUGUGUGACAACUUUGCAAUUCGUGAAAGUAUGUAGUUUACACACAUCACUCAUUGCCAUAGAAAUUGUAUUUAAAAAAAAAACGUUAUUAAUUUUUACCCUUAGAAGUAGGCUGCUACUCCACUGUUACAUAAAUGUGGUAUUAAACACGAUUACACACAAUUUAUUGCAACUGUAGCUGUCUUUGUAUUUUUCAUUAGUAAAUGUUACUAGUAUAUUAUGAGGCAAAAAUUAAACUUGAGAUAUUUAUUUUUUAAACAACAUCUACUCGUUUAUUGCUGUGAUGUAGUUAUUUUGAUAGUAAAACUAAAACCCACACUAGCUGGAUGUCUUCAGGUUGUGUAUCUGAGUUGUGACGUGUGUUUGUAGGAUUGUUAACUCUGAAUGACAUUCUUGUGACAACGUAUGUUUUUGCGUUUAUUACGGAUAAUAAAACAAAUUAUGUUCAUGAUGAA